AUGACUCUCUCUCUCAAACAUUAUGACGUCUUCCUGGUCUUUCGGCCAGAGGACAUCUUUUGGGACAGAAACGCUGCCCAGUUGAACAGUAGCGACGCCAACCUGCACAUCCUCAAUCUUGACCGAUUUGGCAACUGCGGUGUCCUGCUCUUCCACAUCUGGGCCGGUUCACCUCAUGUGACUCGCUGGUCCGAGGAUCCCUUCAGUUUGGGCGCCUACACGGCCGGGGAACCCGAUAGUGGAGACCAGGAUCGACGUGCCUACGCAGAAAGCCUACCGCUUGAUGUAAGCCAUACUUAG